AUGCAUGAUGGAGCUUCAAGAGGUAACCCAGGUGUAACAGGAUAUGGCUUUGUAUGCAGAGGAGAUCAAGGAGAGUUUAUGUAUGCUGAAUCAAAAGGAAUUGGCAUUGCAACUAACUUCAUUGCUGAAGUUAUGACUAUUAUUGGUGCAGCAGAAUGGGCUUUGCAGAAUAAUAAACUCAACAUAUGCAUCAACUCUAAUUCCAAAGCAGCAGUGAGUGAAUAUAUAUCUGAUGACAAUGCUGAAUACAUACCAGAUGAAAAUGCUGAAGUUGAAGAAGCGUUACUUGGUCCUAUCAACAAUAAUGCCACCACCAGUGCUGCUACCAUGGAAUAG